GUCGCUUCAAUUUGAAAACGUCAAGCUGACGAAAAGGGCGACAUGAAGGAAAUCAGCGCUCUCAUUGGACCGCCGCGGUGGUACCACUUGAUCGUCUGCUUGUUGACCUUUGUGCGUGCAUUUCCGUCCUCCUGGACAUAUUUCACAGCGUUGUUUGUCGCCGCGGACGUCGAACACUGGUGUUCGAGGCCACGUGACUCGACCUUCGCCAAUUGGACAGAGCAGCGGUGGAAAGCCGAAGCCAUUCCCGUCAUCAACAAUUCUGGGCUGGCGACCUACCCCAAAUACGAGUCCUGCAGGAUGCACCCCGUGGAAGCCAUAAUACACAACACUUCUGCAGUGCUCGUCGACCAAUCGAGAACAGUGUCGUGCGACGCGUGGUCGUACAACGAAUCGGCACCAGGGUCGUCGGCAGUGCCAGAGUGGGACCUUGUGUGCCAGCACGAAUGGCAGCGCUCGAUGAUGACAAGCGUCGUUUUUGCGGGAUCCCUCGUAGGGUCACUCGUCAUGGGACACAUGUCCGACAGAUUCGGGCGUCGAACCGUAUUCUUUUUCUGCGUGUUCGGAGCUGCCCUCUUCGGGUCUCUGGGCGCGGUGUCCCCGUCGGUGAAGUGGUACAACGCCCUCCGCUUCUUCGCCUCCAUCAACAUCGCCGGCAUCCAGACAAGCUCGGCGGCUUUACUGGCUGAAAUCUUGGAGCCUCGCUUCCGAACAUUCCUCAACAUCGGCUACACCGCUGGAUUUGCCAUACCCUCCGUGCUGCUGCCCGGUGUGGCCUAUCUGCUGUCAGAUUGGAAACUUCUUCAGCUUGUCUCUGGUCUCGUCGCUUUGGCCUGCGUACCAUUUAUGCUCGUGAUCCAGGAGUCACCACGCUGGCUCAUCACAAUUGGCAGGGAGGAGCAAGCCGAACGCGCCAUCUCGAAAAUACUGAAGAUGAACCGCCGGAGUGUUCCAAACUUGACGUCGGCCAUGCAUCUCAUUGCGGAGAGAAUUCGGGCAUCUUCAACCAGUGCCAUCGGUCCCAUAGAGAUUCUGAGGCACAGAUUAAUUAGGAGGAACACCUUUCUUCUGUUUGUCGUUUGGUUCUGCGACAACUCCCUCAUGAUCGCUAUGAUGCUCGGUGCCGUGGAAAUCGAGGGUAGCCACUUGGUCAACUUCGCUAUAUCCACGGCGGCCGAGAUACCCGCUGCAUUCGUCGGGCUGGUCAUGGUAUACUACUGUCGCCAUAAGCCGUCUCAGGCGGCCACUCUCAUAAUGGCGGGGAUCGCAGCAGCCGCGGUGGAGUUGACGCCCCCCGGUUGGCCUUACGUAGGCCUGUCGAUGUCCAUGGCGGGUCGUUUCGUGCUCACCCUGUCGGCAUCGGUCAAGUGGGUCUGGACCAUGGAGUUGUUCCCGACAGCGGCGCGCGCAUUCGGCUUCGCCGCGUGCUUCACCGUCGGUCGCGUUGCGGGCACCAUGGCUCCCUUCAUGAGCGUUCUUGGCACGCGAUUACCAACUGACGACGGUGGAGGCAUCCGAAGAACGGAUCCAAUCCAUUGCAACAACGGCUAUGAUGAACGAGUAACAGCUGCUUUCCCAGUGGACGAGGGUGGCGAAAUGGACUUGUCGGUGGAUCAUCAUGGAAUGGUAUCUGGAUAGCUCAGCAAAACACGGACACAAGAAGAAACGAAGAUGAAGGCAAGCGCUAAGUUAGCGAAAUUUAUUGGUGUACAAGUACGAUCGAUCCCGAAAAUAAUCGAAUUGCGUUGUCGAUAGCGCUUGUAUUCGUCUUCGUUACGUCCUCUGCGCGUGUUUUGCAGCGCUACCCAAAUACCAUCCCACUAUCACCGGAGCUGGGCAGGCUCUCGAGAAGAGUUCUCCAGGGUUGAAGACACCCCCCACCCGCCUAUAUUGUCGUGGUCCAUCUCAGCAGCGGGGAACAGUCCCUCCCGUCAGGUAGACGCAGCUGAAUAUAAGAUGGGUAGCGACGGCAAGAAAGAGUUAUUCGUCCACACCAACACGGCCUCCGAGAGCAGGCGCUAUACGCUGCCCAAUCUCGAAGGCUGUUAUGGCAGAUCUACGAUUUCGUUUGUAACUUUCACCGUGCUCACGUCCCUUUCUGCGGAAGAAUUAAUCCAUUGACGUGUGACCAGUCGCAAGCAGAAGACAUUCGUAGCCACCAUAUGCUGCUAAAAUGGGCUCGAAAUGGCAGGUGUGAGCGAAAAAAAUAAACGAGCUAAAUGAGAGCACUGCAUAUUUGGCAUUGCUUACAGUGCGUGCAGAGAUAUUAUGUUGUUGUAACGCUCAAAAAUUGCCAUUCUAUAGUCAGCUUUGUUGUCCCCAGGUGACGCGACAGUAGGCAGACCUGCGUGUCGUUCGCCAACUACUGUGUCCUGGUUCUGCAACUUGUGACCUAUAGGGUGCACUGCGGUCUGAUAUGGUUGAAGAGCUCUGACGUCCGCCUACCCCGGCGCUGCAACGAUGAAAAAAAAAGAAAGCUUUUCAGGAUAGCUGCAGAUUGAGAGACUUCUGCGGACAGCAAUGCUGGCACCCAUGCUAAUUUAAUAUAAUAUAAAUUCUAAAGUCCCUCCAUUCAUGUAUUGGCGAUCAAAUUAAUGAACGAGAGGAUGGGUAAGUACGGGUCCGAUAUUCGUAAGUGACAAUCAUAGGAAGCCAACAGACAAUGAUACCAAGGAAAGCAUGCGGAGAAUAACUUCUUUUAGUAGAAAUGGAGAAACAAUAACUAAAGAGAAAUAAAAGUGGAAGAAGAAGAAAAGACUACUGGCCAGUGGUGAAAUACGAACCCCGUCUUCGCAUUACCAGUUAAGCUACUCCGGCGCCGUUUCCCCGUCCACUUUCUUGAAUAUUGUACGUGCAUAGAUCUCCUCCUGGGAUUGAUAGCCAGCUCCACAAUUCACAGUCUUGGCGGAAGAUGUGCAACAUUCUUUCUGCCGCAAGACCUCACGUGACAUGUGAGGUAGGGAGACGGUUACUGGCCAACAAACCCUCGUAUGAUAUCUGAAUGCACGAAAAGGGCCCGAGUUGAGACCCUAGCUGUGUAAUGAACGAGAGGAAGGGGAACAAAGGGGCCCGAUUUUCGGAAGUCGCAAUCAUAUGAGACCAAGGAAAGCAUAGCGGAAUUGUUUUAAUAGAAGUGUAGUAACGAUUAAUAAAGCUGGAGUGCGAUGUUACAUUUAGGCGCAAGGAAGAGAUGGAAUCCCUGCCUGAAAAAUUACAAGGAAAUGCUCGGACUCGCCUAUCAUAUUCUUGUGUGUUCCUCCUCCUGCUUAAUUUUUCAGCUUUUUUUUUCAUUAUAGGUCACGAGAAAUGUAGGUCCAUGCAUGCGCUGGCAUUCGUAAUAUUCCUCCAGUGUCUCCUAUAAUCCUCAUAUCACGAUGGUAAUCUACAACGACUUGCUGCACAUACGCUGUCCAGAUUUCUCCGAAUUAAUUCGCAACGCCCACCGAAGCCUUUGUUUCCCAGGGACAGCGUGACGCAGUUUGUUUCAAAUACUCUAUAUUUUACGUUGUGUUUUUUUCUUACAUAGGCAUAUAGUUUCGCUUUCCUCUCCAACUGUAGUGUCGCAGCGUUCGCUCUUUUGUACAUCAACUCAAGACGUCGAACAUCAAGUAUUACCAACGUGAGCUGUACUCCCGCACAGACAAGAGGCGAUAUUCGGAUAGGAAUUCCACUCAUCGAAAGAGCACAAUAAAUGUUGUCGCUCCUUCCUACAAAACAUUGGGUAACUUUUAACCUUGGCGUAAGAGGAAUAUACUAAAACAAAAUGCUCAUGUCCUAGUUUCCUC